AUGUUUAUCCAAUACUAAAUUAUCUCCCCUGACAUGUCUCAUCCAAUUAAACUUCUUUCCCGAUAUAUUACAGUUAUUAAGCCAAUUAAUCGAAAGAAAAAGAUAGACUGCAUUCAUCUAAAUAUAUUCCUUAAAUCCUUUCAUUCAACUUUAGUUUCAAUUUCUUCUAAAAUUGCCCAUCCUUCGCAGACAACUAUUCAACGACCUUGAAAGUUAUUUCGAGGCUGAUGAUUAAAAUUAAUGACGUCACUGAAAAAUGGCGGCCACCAAAGACAUAAUGGAAUUGCAGGUCGUUAGUUGUGGUAUCUUUUUUGAUGAUGUCUUUAAAUCAAAUAUUUAUUUGUAAUUACAAUCAAGGAUGGAUACGUCAGCCAGCACGACGCCUGACAAACAUGGGUCAGAGACCUCGCAGUCAUUGGAUCCAACCCAUCAGAAAUCAGAUAGUGGGAAUGCUGUUAGCGUGAGCUGUCAGCGCGAGAGGCGGAGAAGAGAGCACAAUGACAUGGAGAAAAAGAGAAAAGAACAAAUCAAAGCAUGUAUAUGCAGGAUGGGGGACCUUCUUCCUCCAAAUUACAUCACUGGUGAAAGACAUAGUACACUGGAGACGGUUGAAAAGUCACUUGCAUACAUGCGGGAAUUGAAAGAAGCUCGGACAAAAUUCUCAGGGAUAGAAGAAUGUUUGCAGCAAGAGAUAGAUAUGCUGAAGGCUGAGAGGGACAAAUUCUCAGAUAUAAUUAAAGCUGCAGGGCUGUCCACUGAAUCGAUCCCAACAAACGGUGUUAGCUCAACGACAGAUGUUAAAGAUGAAAGUCCAAAACCAAAGAACAAAGGAAAGAAGCGGAACACACUCAAUGUCCACCUACAACAGCUUCAAGAACAAAGAGAAAAACAACAACAACAGGAAAUGAUCUCAUCUUCUGUGUCGGUAUCAGACGACACAAGUGGAAAUUUACCGCCAAAUCAGUUAAUGAACAUGCCAGGUGGGGCGUUUAUUAACGGGCAAAAUGUAAUGUUCAAUCCGAUGAUGAGUCAGUUUAUGAUGCCAGGUAUGAUGGGAAGUGGGAACCAGAUGAUGCCGAACCUUGGACCGAUGGGCGUCAUGGGGACUGGUUCCGGUACCCCCAGUAUGCCCGGUUUAGGGAACAAUAAUGUUACGAAUCAAACAGGUCAAACAGCAGGUGAUCAAACUGUUAACAAUAUGAACAAAUCAAGUGAUGACACAGAUGCUGGGUUAUUGCAGCUAGCUAUGCAGGAUGCUGGUAUCACUCCUGGAAGUAAUUCCGGACAACAGAGUUCCUCGGCUUUAACGCCAUCUGUAUCAGAAACUGGACAAGAGGCAGAGUCCAGUUCAUCUCAAAAUAAUGCUUUACAAACUCUCGCUUCUGUAGCAACCAGUGAUCAUAUUUUCGCUACAGAAAAUAGCUCUACAGAAAACCAGUCUACAACAGUUGCUGGGACUGGUUCCAGUUCUAUGGUUGGAUCUUCACCAAAUAUGCCAAUGAUGACAAGUACACAGUCUGGUUUACAGCCAAUGAUACAGACUGGUAACAAUCCUUUAAUGAAUAUGCCAAUGUUAGGGAACCCAACUGGGUUACCAGGUCAACAGCAGCAGCAGAUGCAGCAGAUAAUGUUUAUAAAUGAUCAAGGGAUACCUAUGAUUGCAAACGUUCCUGUAGGAAUGGAUCCGAACAAUCCAAAUGUGUUUAAUAAUGCCCAAAAACCAGGCAUGAUGCCGGGAAUGAAUCAAACAGGUCUUAUCAAAGACCAGACAGGAAAUAUAGACCAGAAUGCACUUGCAUUAGCUCAGCAACAGGCCAAUAUGGCGGCUCUACAGAAUCAGUUGCUGGGACAAAGUGCUGGAAGCAGUAUCCCUAAUAUGCCAUUUCAACCACAAAACUUAUUACAGGGUAAUAUAAUUCAGACACCAAAUGGUCAGUUGCUUCAGCAGAUAGGUCCUCAAAUAAAUGGCCAAGGUCAGCUUAUAGGAAUGCCAGGACAAGGUCAAGGUCUGGUUGUUGCUGGGCAACAAGGUCAGCUGACCUUGAACACAAUGCCAAGUCAACCAAAUCAACUGCCGUCUGCAUUGAUUCUGCCAAAUGGUCAGAUAAUUCCAGUGGUGACUAACCCUGGUAAUGUUGUGUCACAGCCGGGUAUUUCUUUAAGUCAAGGGCAGCUUACUCAGCCAAGAAUAUCAGGACCUCAGAUACAAACAGCAAUGGAUGGUCAACUUCUAUCAGGGCCGUCCAGUCAAGGGCUAUUGAUACCGGCGGCAUCAGUUGGUCAAGUUAUGACUUCAAGCACUGCAGCGUCUCUCAGCACUAGUGUCGUACCCACGUCAGCUAUACAAAGUGUAAUGACUACACAGAUACAGGGGUCAACAGUUCAGACACAGAAGCCAAUCUCUUCUUCAUUGGCCGGUCCUUUACCUAAUGUUUCAAAUAGCAGUCAACCUAAAAUAGUUAGCAUUCCACCUGGUGCACCAAAUAUUGGGAGUGGUGGUUUAAAUGCCAGUGGUAAACCAUCAAGUACACCUAUUCUUCUGAGUCUACCAAUAAAUGGACAGCCAACCACUGUUCUACUAGAUCCAGUAACAAUGCAGGUAUUAGGUACAGUCCAACCAGGUCAGCAGCCAGUACCUCAGCCGACGCCUGCACCUAUUAGUGGUGUUGCAACAUCAGCUUCAACGGCAACAACUACUGCAGCUCCCACUGGAACUGGGGCCAAUAAGAACAAAAACAAGAAUAAUGCCAAUCAGCGUGCCAUAUGUCCGAAACCCCUAGGUGGCGAUGGAUUUAGGAGUCAGACAGCACCGGCUAAGAAAAAGAGGCCACCAUCGAAAGCGGCCAACAAAUCAAAAGAAACGGUGCAAGCCGAUUCUCUUUCUGAAUCUCUUCAGAUCCAAAUUCCUGAAUCUACAACCGAUCCUGAAGUCUCGUCUGCAGUUUCUUCAGAAUCAACUGAUAUUCUUGCAAAGGCAGCAGAAUCGAUUUUCUCCCCUCCUGCAGGGGAUGUGGCAGGUGUCGGAGGAGCUUUUUACAAUCCUGCUAAUGAAGACAACCCUCUACAUAUUGACACUAGUGCAACUGAAGUUGAAGAUGAAUUGAAAUCUCCAAGUAAACACACGAAAAAACUGAGUAAUGUUAGUGUAACAAAUACAGGAACAUUAGAAGAUAAUGUCCUAGGGUUAAAUUCAGUUGCCGAGGGAGGGAAAGCAAUAAACGUGUCGAAGGUUGUGAAUAGUGCUGAAAAAAGUGAACAAAGUGUAGAUAACGUGACUUCUUUAUCAGUUACCCUGGAAGAAAUUGCUGGAAUGCAAUUUGGUGAAAGUGUUACUAGUGUUCCAGACAAAAGCAAUGAUAUUAUGAUGGUUAGUGAAACGAGUAAGGGAAGUAAGAAAAGCAAACAGAAUUCUUCGAAAAGUGAGAAUAAAAAAGAUGCAGACACUAAAUCUGGAAAUAAAUCCAGUUCGAAAAGUAAAUCAUCAAAAAAAGUGGCACCAGACAAAGGAAGUAGUGGUUUAGAAUUAGAGAAAACUGAUUCAGACUCUCAAAUGGAUAUUGAAAGUACUUUGAUUCAUAUCCCGGACAAUAUAAAUUUCAGUGAGAAUGAUCUGUCUGAUGUCUUAGAUCAAGUGGAACAAUUAGGCAACCCUGUUUCUGAAAAUAUGAACAAAGGUCAAAUGUCUUCGAAAAAAUCAAAAUCUAAAAGGAGUAAAACAGCUGACCCUGAAAGUGAACCAAGCUCUAAAAAGCGUAAAAGUGUGAAAGAGGUAAAAGACAAUUCUAAAAGUGGUACGCCCUCAAAGGAAAUACUCAGUAUGCCAUCAUCAUUAUCUGUUUACGAUUUUGAUGAUUCAGAUGAUAUUGUGCCAUCAAUUUUGCCUCUUAAUGGUAAAGACUUUACUGCCCUGUCGUCUACACCAACUAAGACAGAAUUUGGUGUAACCGACUCUGAGGACUCGCAAAAGGGCGAAAACAAAUCACAAAAAACUAGUGCUCAAAAUAAGACAAAGAAAAGUUCUAAAAGUGCUAAGAGUUCUAAAGACACUGAUGUCAAUUUACAGAAGGCAACAUGUGAUGAUCCUUCAAAUAGUUUGAUGUUAGAGAUAAAAGACCUCACUGAUAUUGAUAAGAAAACAUAUCAAGAGAAUAAAGAAAAUAAAUUGGACAACAACAACCAGAAUAAGGUGUCUGCACCUCUUCCCAGCAUGCCUGAGAUUGACACAACAACAAGUUUGUUUGGGUUUCCUGUGCCGAAAAAAUUACAACGCCCGGAUAUGUCCUCAAAACCUCAGAUGAACCAAAAGCCUGGCAAUCAAGUUUCGCCAAAGCCUAGCCCACAAUCAAACACUCCUUUAGUCUCGCCAAAACAAACCAUGACUUCACCAAAGACUACCACAGGGAUGGUAUCUCCGUUGCAAAACAGUUUCUCACCAGAACUGGUCUCGCCUAAACUAAGUAUAGUAUCUCCAAUUCAAGGUUUGCUUCCAGACAAUGAUAGUGGUACAUCCUCGCCAAAGCAUUACACCGAAAUGUCUCCAAUUAAAAAGCGAACAACUCCAGAGAAAGUGGAUAGUAUGAAAGUUAGUUCAUUUAGUGCCUUAAACUCUGUGCCAUUAUCUAAUACUUCCACUGAUGUCUUUACCCCUAUGGACAGCAGUAAACCUCUUGUCUCCAGUGUAACUUCCCAAUCAAUGGGUGUAAUAACAUCUGCCAAGACUGUGCCAACAUCUAUUCCUGAUUCUAACAAAGUGAAUAAAGAUCCCAGUGUUCCGAAUGAAGCAAACACUGUUCUGAAGAAGAAUAUGCCGGAAAAUGUUCACAACUUGCCAAUUAGUGCUCCUUCAAAUCCAGCUCAGAAGUCCCAGAGUAACGGGAGGAAUUCUUCUACAAAUAUGGAAAAUAAGUUCAAUUCUGCAAAUGUUCCUGCAUCAAAUGCAAAUAAUAUGCCUGUUUCUGCUCAAAGACAAUCUCAAACUUCACUGAAUUCAUCUCAAAAUAAUAGAUAUGGAGGCCAGUUUAACAAUGAUCCUAUAUAUGGGUCUAUGCCUGGUAUGAACAACAACAGAUCUGUUCCUAAAGACACUACUUCACGCUCAAACACCGUAAUGAACAAUUUUUCAGUCCCUUAUUCGGCAGACUCGAUAUUCAGUUCACAUGCAGAAAAGGUGAUAAAAUCACCACCAAAUGUUAACAUAUCAACAUUGAACCAAAAGCCGGACACUUCUAAUAUGUCGAAAUUAAGAAACACAAAUAAUCCGUAUUCUGUGGAUAGCUUUGUGCAGUCUAGCAGAGAGGAAGGUAUCCGAUCGAGACCUGAUACAAUCGGAAGUCAUGCUGAUUUAAUCAGCAAUAGUGAUUUAGGUAGCACUACAAAUGACUUUUCCAGAUUGCAGUCGGAAAGUUCGCCGGACGGAUUCAAUUUCGCAAAUAUCGGACUUAAUCUUCAGCCAAUUACAAGUAACAUACCAAGUAGUUUUAUGGAUACCUCGAGUACGGUAACCUCUAACAUGUCAUCAUCCUUUUCAUUUUCCUUAUCAUCAACUUCAUCGACUGUGACAACAAGUUCUGGUGCAAUUGGUCAUCAUCAGUUUCCAUUUUUUCCACCAGUUUUAUCUUCGUCUUCAAACGUGCCAUCUUCACAAACGAGUCUGCCAGCAUCUAUGCCAAAUAUGGACAUGUUUGACCAAAAUAACACAGGUAAUAAUAAUGUUAUUCAAAGAAAUAAUACUGUUAUGCAUCCAAGUGGUAGUAAUUUACAAAGAGGUGACAAUAGUCAUAUAUCUAGAGUUGAUUCAAAUAAUGUACCCAGAGGCGAUACUAUGCAGAGGAACGAUAAAGGUCCUCCCCCGAUACGAGCCGAUGAAAAUAAUCGUGAGCAGGGAAUUUCAUCAUGUAGCAAGCAGAAAAUGCCUAAAGGACAAGGGCCUGCUACAAUUCAAGAACCGUUUUCAUCAUUCCCGAACACAAGUGGAGGACCGGAGAAUAAUUUCUUCCAUGAUUCACAGAUGAAAUCUAACGUUGGUAAAAGUCCGACAGAACAAAUGAGAAAACCGCCACCUCAAGAUAAAAUGAUGGAGAUGAACAAUUCUCAUUCUCGCAGUAGUAGUACACAGUCUUCGAUGUCCGACAAGAGGGGUAAUGCUAUGGAUAGGUCUCCUCAAAUGAUGAACAAUUCACAGCCAUACUAUCAGUCUAAUUACCCAUCAUCAAAAUCUCUUAACACUCCUCCACUGCAUCAUCCUGUAAUGAUGCCCCCUGAUGAAAGAGGCAGGACCAUGACAAACAGAUCCCCAUAUGACACACCCUUCCCCCCUCCCCCAUCAUCUCAAGGUUUUAAUGCAAUGGGUCCAAGUUACAGGUUUGAUAGUGGUCCACCAAGCUUUAGUAGGGAUAAUUCAGGAACUCAACCAUUGAGUCACACCCCUGUAAAUACGGGUGGUAGAAAGUCUGCAAAUCCCCCACCUCCUGCUCAAACAUCAGUAGUUAAACCCCCUCAAAAACAAUCUGCCCCUCCUCUUGUACCAAUGGGUGGUCCGCAACAACCACCCCCAUCACAGGCUCCAAGGCAAACACCUCAAAGUCAUAGAGCAACUACACCCCAUGGCAACCAAGCAGGUGCAACUCCCACAGCAUCUGGGGUCAGUCAAUCAAGACAGUCAAAGCAGCCUUCUCGUAACUCGAAACCCUCUUCCUCCAAAAAAUCUAAAACAAUGCCAUUUAUGGAAGUUGACAGUAAUUUGUCUAACUCUAUAUUUGAGACUAAUAGGAGCAUGACACCUUUCUUUCCCUCUAUGCAAAACCUUUCUCCACAAUCAAGAAUGCAACAUGAGGGGUCCCCAUUCCUGCCCGGAAAUUUCUUUGGGCCUGGGUCAAGAUUUCCUAACUCUAAUACACCUAUGCCUAAAAAUUCAGACAUUGGUGCGCCAUUUAACCCAUUGUUCCCACCUAGAGGUGCUCAAAAUGGCCUAGGUUUAAAUUUUCAACCUGGCUUUGGAAUGAACAUGAAUCCUUUACAUGGUAACCAUGGAAACACUCCUCAACUAACUCCACACACUGCUCCUCACAUGGCAAACUUUAGUUUAAACAAUAUUUUCUCCGAUAAUGCAUCUCAGAAUGAAUCUUCCCUAAAUAUUUCACCGAUUAAGUUACCGCACACGAACCCCAUGUUUCAACAUCAAGGUAUGGAUCAUAACCCCAUGCAGCAUCAUCAUCAGUAUAAUCGAGGUCAUCCCUCCGUUAUGUCUAUAAAUAGCAUCCUUGGACCCAAUCACCAUGGCUUCGAUGGAAGAAUGAAUACAUCUAUGGCCGGUCCCUUCCAUAGUCAUGGUCACCCCUCUUUCAUUCCGCCCCUAAAUUUUUCAAUGCAUGAUCAUUAAAUGAUUAUUUUGCAGUUUCAACUAAUUAUGAAAACUUUGGAUUCAUUUUUUUUUUAUAUUUGUAUUUCAAAAAUUUUGUCAAUUUUGUUUUGGUUAACAAUUCAUCAACGAAUGCAUGAAAUUUAUAUGGAAAAAAAAAUGAUUAUUUUGUUUCAUUUCAAAAUGGACACGUGUUGUAUUAUGUUUUUAAAUUUCCGCAAUCACGCUUAUGUUUAAUAUAUAAUUAUAUCGGUUGUGCUAAAUCCUGGCUUUAAAUGUAUUGUUUAUUGAUGCAUUAUUAUUGUUUUUGGAAAUUUUUAUCCAAAAGUUCAGUUCAGAAAUGUUGCAUGAACUUAAUUUAUACAGAAAGAAAUUAUUUAAUCAACUGAUAAAGAAACUUACUGGCAUCAAAUCUUUAUGAGAAAGUUAUAUGAUUAAAUUUUUAUUACACUUCAAGCGAUUAAAAGUUAUUGUAACUCUGUGAGCUUUUUAUCUUAAAGAUAAUGUUGUAUAUUCAUUUUUGUUGGUGAUUUUAUUCUUAAUAUUUUAGUUUUUUUAAGAUAAAAAAUGACUAAAAUUGUCACUGGAGUGUCUGAUAUUACUUUUAUCAUCUUUCAUGAAAUAUUUAUAGUUAUAUUACUUUUUUUCUCAGUUGUUUGCUUUAUUUUAUUCUUAGGCUUUUCAUAGAUUGUGUUCAAAUAAACCGAUCAUUGAUCUUGUGUCAAAAUGUAGCUCAUUGGGUCAAAAUAUAGCUCAUAGGGUCAAAAUAUAGCUCAUGAAGUAAAAACAUAGCUGAGUUUAAAAAAUAAGCUCAUAGUGUCUGAAAUUUAGUUCACUAGGUAAAAAAUUUGGUUUUCUAGUUAAAAAAUAAAUUUACUUGGUCAGAAUUUUGCCCUGCAUUUUAAAGAAGAAACACACUAGAUCAAAUAACAAGUCAGCCAAGAAAUUGAUAUAAACCAGUUCAAAGUCAAGCUUGUUAUUUUCCAAGAAGAACAAAGGUUUUUUAUUUUUUCUGCAUUAAGGUUGGAAAUGAAUUAGUUUUAACAUUCUUUUACUCUCAUAAUGGUUUACACUUGCUGUGAAAUAUACCUUU